CCCACCGCCUCUUCCUCACCUGUUCGUCACGCUAUCUUCUCUCUCUUUCUUCAUUUCUUCUCUUUCUGCGGCAGCACCCGACUGUCUUCGGUGAACCCAAAGGUCCAGAACGAACGGGGGAAAUUGUUGUUCAAUGAUGUUUGAAGCAUGGUGGUAUAGGUGUUGGAGCUUGAUGUGUGAUUUAGAAAGCAGCUGAGCUCUUUGUUGAAGGAUGAGUUCCACGCAGAUAACUGCCUGUGGGCCAAAACCCUAUGUUAGAAUUAUUUCUCAAUCCCACCGCCUACCUUCGAAUCCAUGCAUUUUAGCCAUCCGUGAUAAUUUGCUUCCAAGAACUUCCUUGAGGCUAUCCGCGAAUGCAUCAUACCACCAGCAAUGCAUGGCUGUGUCGAAUUACCAGCAAAGCAUGCCUGUUUGCUCGUUAGGAGGUGAAGGAAACAAGGGAGGCAGCGAUGGGGGUUCUCCCUGGAAAGCUAUUCAGAAUGUUAUCGGAAGGUUCAAGGGAAAGUCUUUAGAAGAUGAAUUACGGCAGCGGAUUGAGAAGAAAGGAUACUAUGAUGAUACUGGUGGUGACGGAAUACGUCCACCAGGUGGUGGAGGUGGCGGUGGUGGUGGUGGGGAUGCUUCUGGUGGAUCAGAGGAUGAAGGCCUUGCUGGAAUCAUUGAUGAAACUCUACAAGUGAUUUUAGCAACUAUUGGCUUUAUUUUUAUGUAUGUUUACAUCAUCAACGGUGAGGAGAUGAGCCGGCUAGCUAAGGACUACAUCAAGUAUUUAUUUGGCGGAAAUAAGAGCGCUCGUUUACGGCGUGCCAUGUACAAGUGGGGAAGGUUCUACAAGAAGCUGACUCAGAAGAAGAAGACUGACCCCAUGUGGUUGGAAAAGGCAAUUAUCAACACCGAAACUUGGUGGGACAGCCCCGAAAAAUACCAUCGUCUCGCUAGGGCUUUAGAAUCAAAUUCUGAUCAGGAAUAAUGAAUUCAAUUGUAUCAUCCUGCCUUCUGUUCAGAUUAUUGCAUUUUCUGUCGGUGUUGCAAGAUGGUCUCAGUUUUUGGUAAAAUUUACAUGAACGAGGUUUUAUUAUUUA